CAGUAAAUAUAUUUUUAGCUGGAUACCGCCCUUCCUUCAUUUGUUUAAUGUGGUUGCCUUUUUAAGAUCCGCCGAACUUUAGUUCGUCGAGAGCAGGGAUCAAGUGGGCAACGACAUGAACCAAACGGAGUUCCACGUCCCCGAGAGUCUGGAUGAUCUGAUCAAAGAACUUCAUGACAUAUUCUCCAGUGACAAAGUCAACGUGGAAGAGGUGCAAACUCUGAUGGAAUCUUAUAGAAGUGACCCAGCAGAGUGGCUUCAAUUCGCAAAGUUCGACAAAUACAGAUAUACUCGAAACCUGGUAGAUGAAGGAAAUGGAAAGUUCAACCUGAUGAUCCUAUGUUGGGGAGAAGGCCAUGGCAGUAUCCACGACCAUGCAGAUUCACACUGUUUCAUGAAACUACUUCAAGGGCAGCUGAAAGAAACACAGUUCAAUAUCCCAGACGUUAAUCUAAAGAACCGGGAAAUGGUCAAGAAAUGGGAGAAAGUCUUUCAUGAAAACCAGUGUACCUACAUUAAUGACAGUAUUGGGCUGCAUCGAGUGGAAAAUGUGAGUCAUACAGAGUCUGCAGUCAGCCUUCACCUGUACAGUCCACCAUUUGACAGCUGCCAUUGUUUUGAUGAAAGAACAGGCUACAAGAACAAAGUCAAAAUGACUUUCUGGAGCACAUUUGGUGAAAAGACUCCUUUGGGAAUUACAGAAUUAAAAGAAAACAACUGAAACAAAUGGACCAUGAGAACAUGGAAUACGAAGUGCCAUCUCUCACUAUUGUGGAUAAAGUCAGAAGAAUAUCUCUUUUAUGAUCUGUCUGCCCAAUGUGAAUUUAUUUUCUUGAAAUGAACACCUGGCUACUAGGUUCUACUUUUGAAUGAUAUUUAAGCCAUAAAAGUUUCAAAAUAGUUCCUCUAUUUUGACUUUAACCAACGUUCUUUGGCUCAUAUCUUUUAACUUUACACUUAAGGGACAUGUCCUGUUAUGUUCAUCAUUGGUGUGUUCAUCACUGGCUUGUGAAGCUACUUUCUAAGUGGUAAACUAAAGGGUUGUAAUUUUACUUCUGAAGUCUUCCAGCUCCCACCCCUCCCCUCCCCCCUCAUGCAGACAAUAAAUGAAACAAGAUUAUCUCGAUAUCGUGGAUCACGUGCCAUUCUGGGAUGCACCAUCCAUCAAUCGGGUUCACAGUAAUAAUUAUUUCUCACUUCAGAUAAAUAGCUUUGAAAUUAUUUGUGAUAUUAACAAAUGAACAUCAGGAUGAGAAAAAGUGCUUAUGCUCUUCAGGGUGAGAAAAGGUGUUUAUGCUCUUUGGCCCACCUCAUCCAUACCGACUUUUGUUGAUCUCUGCAAUAAUCCCACUUGCGCCAUCCGUCUUCAGAAUUUAAGAGUCAUUUCCUCUGACUCCGAAGUAGGGUAAGGAAACGGAGACCUUCAGCCAAUUUAGGAUUUUCUCUCCCACAAGGGUUAAAAACAAACUAAUUAUUUCAUUAAAUUAUUCCCAAUUUCCUUCCAAAAGCUAUUGAUUUCCAUUGAUUUUGAAAGUUCCAUUCUACAUCCAUCCAUCUAAAUGUUGCCAGAUAUAUUCCCAAAUUAUUAUUUCAGUACAGCUAAUAAUGCAUUCAAAUUUUUCAGGCCGACACUUCAAUAAAAAGUAUGGACAAAGGUAUGUUAGAAUAAUAAUAUAAUUAAUAUUACAAUCAGCAAUUUCUAGACUGAUCUGAUCACCCAUCGUGAAAUACUUCCAGAACACAUCCUGAUUUUCAUUGGAAUGAAAUGAACAAUAAAUUUUAUACCUAUUUUAUC